AUGUCUUUUUUACAGAAUUUUCACUUAAGUCCAGGUCAAACUAUACGUUCUACUAGAGGAUUCAAAUGGAAUACUGGCCAGAAUAACGGCCAACAAACCUCUGAGCCUUUAAAUAAUGGAUCCGACUCUUUAGUCAACCCACAUUCACAACCUCAACAAAAACUACCACUCUCCUUUGAAAAUCAAAAUCAUUAUUACAACAAUAAUAGUAAUAUUUAUCCUCACGGGGUAUCUACACCACAAAAACAACUAGGUUCUCUCAGGGGAAAAAUAGGCCAACAAAAGGUAACUGAUUUUAAUUAUACUCCAUCUCACCAAAAACCAUUUCUUCAGACUACUGCCGGCACCACAGUGACAUCACAUGAAGAUAUAAGACAAAUAGUGGAGGUAACUUUAGGUUCUGAGGGGGUUUUAAAUCAAGCAGUAAAAUUACCAAAAGGUGAAAAUGAAAAUGAAUGGCUUGCUGUCCAUGUGGUAGAUUUUUACAACCAAAUUAACAUGUUAUAUGGUACUAUAACAGAAUUUUGUUCUCCGACUACCUGCCCAAGAAUGAUUGCAACUAAUGAAUACGAAUAUCUAUGGUCGUUUGAAAAGGGUGCAGCUCCUGUAUCAGUUAGUGCUCCUAAAUAUGUAGAAUGCCUAAUGAGAUGGUGUCAAGAUCAAUUUGAUGAUGAAACUAUAUUUCCAAGUAGAAAAGAUGGUGUGUUUCCAGAAAGAUUUCCAGAAAAAAUUGUGAUUCCAAUGUUAAGAAGAUUAUUCAGAGUUUAUGCACACAUAUAUUGUCACCAUUUUAAUGAAAUUUUGGAAUUAAAUCUACAGACAGUUUUGAAUACUAGUUUUAGACAUUUUAUUCUUUUUGCUCAAGAAUUUAAUUUGUUACGGCCAGCAGAUUAUGGUCCAUUGUUAGAGUUAGUUACUGAAUUGAAGGAUAGGUAA